AACUAGAAAGAUCUCGUGCUUUGGAGAUGGAGAUGAUAAACUCAAGGAAAUAAUCCAGCUGUUGCCAUUGUGACAACUGAAAGAUCCUUUGUGCCAAAAUGAGCAGUCUUUGAGAACAAUCUGGAUAGCUGUUAAAUCUGAAAAAUGGGAGAAAGAGUAAGGAGCCUGGACUCUGAACACGAGAGGGAAUCAGAUGGGGAUAGAAAUAGUGACUCCUAUUAUUCAGAUGAAGGUAAUGCAUCUCACUCAUCCAGCCAGUCACCAACACUGAGCUCUGUAUCUACAAAGCAAGAAAGAAGACAUCACAAAACACAGACUUCCAACAGCCUUGUGCACUACCAAGCCACAAAGAAAUUGGAUUCCAAAUAUGCACCAAGCAAAAGAGGGACACGGUGGGGUGUCCGUUCUCAGAGCCUCACCAGGGAUUCUCCAGCAAAAGAUAUAGAUCUUGUUACAAAAAGAGUUCUUUCUGCUAGGCUGCUGAAAAUCAAUGAGCUCCGAAAUGAACUGACUGAACUCCACAUCAAACUAGACGAGCUGCAGAAGGAAAACAGGGUGCUGAAGAGUCUUCAGCACAGGCAGGAGAAAGCCUUGAAUAAGUUUGAAGACACAGAAAAUGAAAUCUCUCAGCUCCUUUCUCGGCACAACAAUGAGAUUAGAAUAUUAAGGGAGCGUCUGCGAAAAUCGCAGGAGAGAGAACGCGCGGCCGAGAGGAGGCUGAAGGACUCGGAAGAUGAACUGUACAGAACCAAAACUGUCCUGCAGAAGCUGAAAAAGCUCUCUGCAGACAAGAACCUUGCUGAGAGACACGACCUGGCAAAGAAACUAGCCCUUGCAGAGAGCAGGCUAGAGGACAGGGAAAAAAGAGUUAAGGAUCUGGAAAGAAAUCUUGAGUUAAGCAGUAGCAGUUUUCAACGAGAGCUACAUGCAAAGAAAAAAAAGUUGUAUGAGGCUCAAGAAGAAAACAGAGUUCUCCAGGAGGAGCUUCAUCAACUAAAUCAGAAGCUGAAGGAAAAAGAAAGAGAACUUGACGCAAAAAAUAUAUAUGCUAAUCGUAUGUUGAAGCCAUCACCAAGGAAAGACAUGAAUAUCCUACAGAGGAAAAGAGGCAACAACCAAAAUAUUAAAAAAGGAGCACAGCUCACAAAAGGUGUACAAACCAGUGGGAACUUCUCGCCAGCAAAACUUCCAGCAGCAGAACUUGCCUGUAGUGACACAGUAAACAGGAAAGAAGUAAUUCUUCCUAAAAUAGAAAAAGAAACACAAGAAAAAGGAUGGAAAGAGCAAGCAGAGGUCCUAAGAGAAGACCAAGACAGGGCAAGGGAAGAGAAACUGGAAGGUUUUCAGGAAAUGCAGGCUGCAGAGGAGAGGCUUCCAAAACUUCAUGACGAAUGGGAAAGGAAAGACUAUGACAAACUGAGAAAAGAAAGCAACUUUUUAUUGGAUAAGGAAGAGAAAAUAAAGAUGGAGACAGAAAUCCACAAACCUGAAGUGGAGAGAGAAAGCACCGAAACGCUGGAAGAGAGGCAGAAAAGAGAGCUGCUGCUUGCUAAAAUGCAAGAAAUUGAUAGAGAGAUUCAAAAUACAGCAAACAUGAAAUUGACUUCCCAAGCACCACUCAUAAAUACAGCAAGAAAAUCUGACUCCCUGGAGAAAAAAGAAAAAAAUAAUCCAUUCUUUGAGAUUUUUGGGAAGGCUACUGAUGGAUUUCCUGUAAAGGACAGCCAGGAUGAUGCCACAAGAGCACAAGGGCAGAAGCAACGAAGUGUAAGGACUGUAGAUUUAAAUAGUGACUUAACAUUUGGUAGUUACGUACCUUCCUUUGGGAAAGGAUCAGGGAGACCAAGUUGGCUUACUCAAAAAAGUGAGAAGUUGGAAGAAAAUGUUGAGAAAAAUGGAGAUUUUGAUAGUAAGAAAGAAAAGAAGUCAAAUUUAAUGGAACAACUCUUUGGAAGCAGUGCCGGUACUGUUGUUCUGUCUAAAAAUAACAAUACACCACAAUUUGACAUAGUUUGGGACUCUAGUAAUACUCUUCUUGUGGAUAAAAACAGUAAAGUCAAAGAACAUGAUGACCUUCUUGGUGAAGGAAGGAACCUAAGCAGGCACCAUUUGCAGUACACUACAAGCAAGCCAGGAGUGAAAACCCUUGGUUCUUUAGAAGAUGAAAUCGAAGAAGUAGUCUUAUAG